AUGAUGUGGCGAGGCACCAGAUCCGUGACAGUUGACAAGCUGGAGGAACUGAGAUGCCCCGAUCAAAAUGGAACAAAGUAUGAGUUCGAUAAAUUCAUCGAAACUUUGAGGAACCAUGUGACAAUAUCAUGGGGAAAAGGUGAAGACGUGGGACACGUUUUGAAGCACCAAGAAGAACCAAUAUUCGCGGGACCGACUCCAUUAACGACAGAUGAGCUGAAGGACCCAGAUUUGGUGGAAAUUUUCAACGACGAAAAGGCUGAAAACAAGGCAAGAAAGGCCGUGUAUAAGUCGAAUAAGAAGGCCAUGUACACGCUGGUCAUGGCAAAUAUUUCAGAGGCAACAAAGACUAAAGUUAAAGCGCGCAACGACUUCACAACAGAAGAUGAAGCCAUGAACCUGUUGUGGCUCAUUGGAGUACUGGACGACAUCAUGACAGGUUUCGAAGAGGGAGUACUGCCUGACGAGGUGGCCAUGGACGAGCAACUGACCGAGAUCACUACGAUGAAACAGAAACCCGAUGAGUCGAACGAAGCUUUCAUCAAGAAGAUCACUCGCGAGAUCAAGGUCUAUGAAAGGCAUGGCGGAGUUUUCCGCUGGGGUGAAAAUGAAGAGAAGAAGUUGGAAGCUGCGGUGGCCAACGCAAAUGUCGUAUACAAGUCAGCAAACGGACAAGAUAUGGGAGCGAGUCUCCGAAAGGAGACCAUUUGUCAGCAAAAGAAGAUCAUCAAAGAAAGGAUUCUAGCGGCAGCAAUCCUAACUCGAUCUGACGACACGCGCUUCAAGUCUUUGAUGACCUCGUUGAAGAAUGAUUUUCUCACCAAGCUAUCGACGCUGACGGAACCAAGAUCUCACAAGAAGCUUCUGCAACUUCUGGACAGGAGUGAGUCCACGGACAACAUUUUUCAGAACAAGGAGUUUUUGACGGAUGUGAAACAUACUACUAACGGUGAGAGUUUGAGGCUUGUCAGUAAUGGGGGCAGCCUCGACACCACACAGAAAGGUCUCCUCGGAAAUCUUCCUGUGUGGUUCAACCCAAAUUGUCUGGCAAACAUUUUGUCUUUGGCCCUUGUCACUGAACAUUACCGUGUGACAAUAUACUCUGAUAUCGACAACGCUCUGCUCGUUCAUGUCUCGGCUGGAUACAUCAUGCGUUUUGUAUGCAUCCAACCAGGCCUGUACGUGUUUGAUGCUUCGGAGAUAGAUAUGUCUAAGUUAAAGAAAGCUUUCUGUUUCGUAAACACCGUAGCCAUGAACAAGCGCUUAUUCAAACAGCGCGACAUUCGAAAGGCGGACGAAGCUAUUACUCUCAACCAAAGGAUCAACCAUGUUGCCAAGGACAAAUUUGCACGCAUUGUGAAAAAUAACUGGAUCCGGAACUGCCCAGUCACGGUCAACGACGUUGACAGGUCCCAUGUAAUCUACGGCCCCCCAAUACCACCCAUCAAGGACGAACCAGGUACCAAUCUUCGUCACGAGUACCGGACACGGAAGUUAUCCCAAUCCCAAAGGGCCUAUACAUGGACCUCAAGAAUGUGA